AUGACGUUUUCCCAUGCGGUUGUCAUGACGUCGUCUCUCUCCGUUCGCCCUGCACGGGGGCGGUCGCGUGCUCAGCAUUCAGUCACAUACCGUCCAGGUAUCCGUUGCAUGCAGUCGUACACUGCCCAGGUGCCCCACUCAGGUGUUUCUCAGGCGCCCAUCUCAGGUGUCUCUCAGGCGCCCCUCUCAGGUAUUUUCUCAGGGGGUCCCUCUCAGGCUUCUCUCAGCUGUCCCUUUCAGCUGCCCCUCUCAGGUGUCUCUCAGGUUCCCCUCUCAGGUGCCCAUCCCAGGUGUCUCUCCAAUGUCUCUCAGGUGCUUGCUUAG